AUGGUGACAGUAACCGACGAAAGUGGGCAAUCUGUAGAAAGAUCUCGCCCGCUUAUACCAACAUCGAGGUGCGAGGAUAAUGAGCCUGAACUAUGCGGUUCAUUAUUCAAAAUUCCUCCAGAAGUUGCUGCAGAUAAUCUCGAUGAUUAUUUUCUAAAUCGCAAAAACCCAUUACAUUCGAUUACUUGUGAGCUUUUAGCGAUUCAGCGUUGUUUAUGUAUUAAUAUUCAACAGUUGACCAAAUGUUCUGAAUUCAUCGUCUAUUAUCUGCUGACCGCAAGAAUCCCACAUGUGGAUUCUGAAGAGAAAUGUCAAGCAAUAUUCAAUGCACAACUUUGCAAUUACUCAUUCAUGGCAAAAGAAGCACUUGCGAGAUGUCCUUACACGUGUGGAUUAUGUGAUAAAGAUGGAGCAGGUGGUAAUUGCGUGGAUUUGGCACUAGACUGCGCUAUUUUAAUGAAUGUCAUGGGAUGCGAUUAUUCUCAUUUGCGCACAAACUGCAAGAAAACGUGUGAAAUCGAUACGUGUAUCACAAGAACAACAACUAAUACUGUUGGAGGAACAAUAACAUCCCGUUCCCGUUAA